GUUCUAUUACUAAUUCAUUUGGUAGUAUCAGAUAAAACUAACAUUCUUUUUAUCCAUUUUAUGUAUUUAGUUUCUUUAGUGGUUCAUUUCAAAUUAAUUAUACAAUAUGUCUAAAAUAAAGGCUGGACCUGUUGUUGACAUCCUUGGUGAUGAAAUGACCAGAAUAAUCUGGGAUCUUAUCAAAGAAAAGCUGAUUCUUCCUUUCUUGGACAUUGAAUUACAUGUCUACGACUUGGGUAUGGAAAAUCGUGAUAAGACUGAUGAUCAAGUUACAAUUGAUUGUGCUGAGGCCAUAAAGAAAUACAAUGUGGGCAUCAAAUGUGCGACCAUAACUCCUGAUGAGAAGAGAGUUGAAGAAUUUAAACUGAAGAAAAUGUGGAAAAGCCCUAAUGGGACCAUCCGUAAUAUUCUUGGUGGUACUGUUUUCAGGGAGGCUAUUAUUUGCAAGAAUAUACCGAGACUUGUAACAGGGUGGGACAAACCCAUCAUCAUUGGACGUCAUGCUCAUGCUGAUCAAUACAAAGCAACUGACUUUGUUGUCCCAGGUGCUGGUACUCUUGAAAUAAUCUUCAAACCUGAAUCUGGUGAGGCAAUAAAACAUGUAGUUCAUGAGUACAAGGGUGCAGGUGUAGCACUGGCUAUGUUUAACACUGAUGCAUCUAUUAUUGACUUUGCUCAUUCUUCAUUCAAGUUUGCUUUGGACAGAAAAUACCCUCUGUACUUAAGCACUAAGAAUACAAUUCUCAAGAAAUACGAUGGUCGUUUCAAAGACAUCUUUCAAGAUAUUUAUGACAGGGAGUACAAGAAACAGUUUGAGGAUGCUGGUAUCUGGUAUGAACACAGGCUAAUUGAUGAUAUGGUGGCUUAUGCUAUGAAAUCAGAGGGUGGAUUUGUCUGGGCCUGCAAAAAUUAUGAUGGAGACGUACAAUCUGAUAGUGUUGCUCAGGGCUAUGGGUCACUGGGCCUCAUGACAUCUGUUCUCAUUUGUCCUGAUGGCAAAACAGUUGAGGCUGAAGCUGCCCAUGGCACUGUUACACGUCAUUUCAGAUUCUAUCAGCAAGGAAAAGAGACAUCCACCAAUCCAAUUGCUUCAAUUUUUGCUUGGACUAGAGGUUUGUUGCAUCGUGCUAAAUUAGACAACAAUGAUGCCUUAAAGAACUUUGCUGAGACUCUGGAGAAGGUCUGCAUUGAAACUAUUGAAUCUGGAAUUAUGACUAAAGACCUUGCCAUUUGCAUCAAAGGUAUGAACAAUGUCAAAAGAUCAGACUACUAUGAAACAUUCGAAUUCAUGGAUAAACUAGCCGAAAACCUGAAGGUUGCUCUAGGACAAUGACUAGUUACAGAAAGGAAACGGUCUAAUCUUUAAUAUUUGUUAUAUCAACUUACAAUAUUUUAUUGUAAUGGAAUAAGGGUACCUAAUUUUUUUGGCAUGAAAACUAAUAGCAUUUUUUUUUUUUUUUUCGAUUAUUUAUUUCCUAUAAAUAUAUUAUUUUUCAAAAUAAAA